AAGGAUCCCUACAUGAUCAGGAUACCUAUCUUGGCCUCCGUCGUCAUCUAUUUGCCUUCUAUCUCCCUCUCAUUGAUCCUCCAAGUCCCUAACGAUUCCCUCUUGUUCACUGCAGCUCAGCCCUCGCCCCUUCCCCCCGGGGCUUUGUCCUAGUUCACCCCCAUCUCCCCAUCUCCCCAUCAUCUUCUCAUAGUUCUACAGCAGUACAGCUCGGCCAGGCAUCGUCAUGCCCUCGUCGAAGCCUCUCAAAGUCAAACCCUCCGAGGUGGCGGCCGACACCAAAAGAAAGCUCAUCCCAGAAGUCAACAACCGAUACCGUAAUAGAUGGCCACCUUACUCGUUCCUCUUCGCCCAGCCGCUCAACGACGUCCCGCUUCCUCGCGGCCCACACAUCCAUCCCGAGCUUCCCAAGUUUUACGUAUACCUCGGUGAUCCCGUGAACAUUGCCAUCAGUUGGGCGGAGAGCUUGGGCACACCCGUGCCGUUCAUCUGUGCAGCGAAUGAAAAACGCCCGGGUGGCGACUGGGAAACGGGAGUUGUUGGUUACGAGGAGAGAUUGUGUCGCAGGAGUAAUUUGUCCGCGACGUUGAGCAACCCCGACCCGAGCUCCUAUCACCAGUCCAACUACCCCAUUCCCAUCGAAGGCGCGAUUUACUCUCCCCAUGUUGUUCGUUUUCGCCAGCACCAGGAUCGAAUCGAGUCACUUGACGUUAAAGACUGGAAAUCCUUGCCCGUAAUUUCGGCGCCGCCAGCUCGCUGGCCCAAGCUAACAGACAUGGGCCGGAAAUACUCGUUUGCCGAAGAGCGUCAACUCGUCAAGAACAAGAUGCGCGCCGCCUUGCGGGUCUGCGCCUACCAGCAAUUCCGCUACGUGGUGAUCGGAGACUUUGGCCUGGGGAACGGCUACCGAAACCCUCCCAGAGAGCUGGCCGAGCUCUGGAGGGAAGUGUUCCUCUGGGACACGGAUCUGCGAGGUCAGUUCCUGGCCAUCGUUUUCGUGUUCGAGGACGAGAGGCAGAGCACGAUCAAAUUCAUUCUCGACGACAUGGCCAAGAAGAGCAAAUCCGGAUCCAGGAGCCGGUCUCUGAGCGGCGCCUCGAUGCCGUCCCCUGCCGGUGCGAGCAGCAGCAGCAGCAGCAGCAGCAACAACACGAGACACAAGAGCGACUUCGAGAUCUUCUACGAGGUUUUCGACGAGAUGGAAAUCGCGAGAGUGCGUAACCAGAUUGAUCCGCGGUAUGGAUUUGCCACCAUUAUGGGGCAUGAUUGAUCUAGAUUCCCGGAUCAAGCAUGUCUCGAAUGUUUGCUUCUUCUUGGCCGGUGUAUUACAACGAGGUCUCAACUUGCCGGGACGGCUAGACAGGGGACGAGGGUUCCCCGGACCCAAACCACAUACCACAUC